AUGAAUAUCUUAUAUAGUUCAGCAUUGGUAUGUUGUUUUUGCAUCAUUCAAAUUCAGGCCUACAAAUCCAGUUAUGUUCACCAUAAUAAUAAUGGUGUUCAACAACAAGAGUUUCUUUCAUUGUAUCCGCAUGCUGUUUAUGGAAAUGCUGAUCAACAACCUGUAUAUUCAGGUCCAGGCAAACAAACUAAAACGAAAUUGUUUGAAAUUGUAAACGAGUGGAAAUAUUUAGAUUUCGAAUAUUUAACAUACGAACAGCGAAGACGAGCAAUUGAAAAUAGGGAAUUUAUUCCGGAAAAUAACCUGCCACUAGGCAUUGACUUCUACGAAAAUCGAAUAUUUAUUACAACACCUCGAUGGAAAGAUGGCGUUCCAGCCAGUUUCGGCUAUUUAAAUUAUCCACCUGCAGAACGUAGUCCGGCUAUUAAGCCAUAUCCAAAUUGGGAAGCUCAUAGUGAUCCUUAUAAUCCGGAUUGCUCCAAAUUAAUCUCCGUAUACCGAACCUUUAUUGAUAGCUGUAAACGAAUUUUUUUAAUAGAUUCGGGUAUUGUUAAUGCCACUGUCUCACUUAAUCAAGUAUGUCCUCCGAAAAUAGUUGCCUUCGAUUUGAGGACAAAUGAAAAAAUAGUCCAUUAUGACUUUCCAGCUAGUCAAAUAAAAGAAGAUAGUUUACACUCAAAUAUUGUGGUGGAUGUUACCGAUGAUCGUUGCGAUGAUGCACAUGUUUACGUUACUGACGUUUGGCGCUUUGGCAUUCUAGUGUACAGUUUGAGGAAAAACCGAAGUUGGCGAGUAACCAACUAUAACUUUUCUCCCGAUCCGGUUGCUUCUGAUUUCAAUGUAUAUGGCUUAAACUUUCAAUGGUUGGAUGGUGUGUUUGGUAUGAGCAUGUCUUUGCCGAAGAUAUCGACAAAUGAACGUGUAUUGUACUUUCAUCCAAUGGCAAGCUUUAAGGAAUUUAUGGUGUCUACAAGUUUAUUGAAAGAUGAAAACAUAUGGAUAGCUGAUGCUCAAAAGGUGGCCAAGUAUUUUGUACCGAUUGGAGAAAGAGGAGAGUUUGGCCAAUCUUCAACGUCUGGUAUUGCACAAAAUGGAGUUAUGUUUUUUACACAAGUGCACAGAGAUGAUAUUGGAUGCUGGGAUACAUCUAAAUCGUAUGGUCAAAACAACAUCCAUAGAUUUUUCGAUAACGGUCCUAAGGCGAACAAUGGCGGCAAAAAUGUAACAGAAACCCUGAUACAAUUUCCAAACGACUUAAAAGUUGAUCACGAGCCGUUACCACAUCAAAAUAUAUGGGUUAUAAGCAAUCGUUUGCCGAUUUAUCUAUACAGCCAACUAAACUAUGAUGAAAUUAAUUUCCGUAUUUUAAAAGCAAAUGUUGCUAAUCUUAUUGCGAAUACAGUUUGUGAUCCGCUUGAAAGUCCGGGACCUCUGGAGGGUGCUGUAGCUUAA